AUGGCGGCCGCUAAGGACAGCUUCGAGGAGCUCGAGCGCCAUCGCAAGGCCCUCGAGCAGAACGUCGACAAGCUCUCACUUGCACUAGAUGAGUGGCGCCAGUGGAAGCUCGAGUAUGAAGCCCUUGCAAAGCCAGUCAGUGAGAUGCCGAGCGAGGCGCUGCCCGCGGUCCUGGCUCAGACCCGCGCCGCAUACAGCGGCGACCUUGUCGACAGGAAAGUGCUCGACGAGAUAUUCGGCCCCGAUGCCUCGAGGAAGCGCGACCAGGUCGCGAGCACCAUCAGCAAUCGACUGGACUACGUCCGUAGGAACAUCGCGACGCUCGAGAAGCAGCUUGAAACGGCCGAGAACAAGCUGGCGGCAGCAAACGUCCUCAGCAAUCCCGACAUGCCUGAAGAUGAGGAGGGCCUUCCAAUCACAGAAAUUAUGGAAGAGCUAGAUGAUGACGACAACGUUGUCUCUUAUAGUCUACGGACACCAGGGCAGAAUCAAUCACAGCUCCUCGAGACUCUCAAGAAGGCAGGACUGAAAGAACUGCCAUCCGGACAGCCUGGGGACUCUGCGGUAUCUUCUUCAAGUCAGCCACCAACUCAGACGUCUCAGCCAAUAAAAUCGGCCCCGAAACCCAAGCAGCCUGCCCCUGCUCCGGCGGUGAAGAGCGCGCCUCACAAACCUAAGCCCAUGAAGAAGAACGUGACAUUCAGCGAUGACACCAAAUCUACCGAGGAGAAGCCACAGUACAUGUCUUUGUCGGCAGACAAAAUCGACGAGCUGAUGCGUGAGGCCAAGGAGCAGGAAGGCAUCAUCUCAGAUCCCGUCGUCCCGGAUGAUGAGUCAGAUGAAGAGGCUCAACUGCGCCGAGAUAUGUUGGAGUACAACCUCUCGGAGCUGAACCCAGUGGUUGCUGAGCUCACCUUGGAAGAGGGCGGCAUCACAGACGACGACCUUGACUACUCGGACUAUGACGACGAAGACGACGAUGAUGAAGAUCAGUGGGGCAGAUCCACCUCGACGUUUAUCAACGAGGAGUACCGUCAGAAGAUGGCCGAAAUCCAAGACAGGCUUAACAAGCAUACGUUCAAAUCUCAGCAGGCAGCGUCCGAGGAUGCCGCCGAAGACCAGGUUGCCCAAGAAGGCGUCGGCAAGAUACGCAUUCAGAGCCAGGGACCGUCGUCAAACAAUGAGUCUGUCGGCAGCCAGGUUGUCGAGAUAAAGGAAGACAGUGAGCCAAAACCUGGCUCUGAGGCUAAGAAAAGUGUCCGGUUCGCGUCCGCCCUGGAUAUUGCCAAAGAACCAGCAGCGAAGCCAGCAUCCGCCCCAUCUGUCCAGCAGCCUCAACACCCAGAGGUCGACCCCUUGUCAGAUGUCAUUGAGCGUAAAUCCGGUGAGUCGGCCAAGUCGGCUGUUGCUCCCACAAAGAAGGCAUCGCGGUUCAAAAUGGCCCGAAGUGGGAAUGCUCCUGCUCCAGGCUCAUUCAACGCGCCAAGGUCGUCCGACGGAUCGUCAAUCUUGCCGGAGCAGCCCGUGUCUGACCAGCAGUUCGCACCUUCUGGGCCCAAGGGCGCAACCAUGGCGACCACGGUCCUCGAACGGGCGCCGACCUCGACGACCAGGGAACCGGACGAGUUCGAUGCCGACAUGCUCAAACAACAAGUGGCGGUCGAAUACCACAAGGUGCGAAACCGGAUGAUCCAGAAGCAGGGCGGCUUCAUGAAGGAAGACGAAUCGCCCAUGGAGCCCUUGGACGAAGAGGAGGGUGGACCCCCGCGCCUGAGCCGGUUCAAGGCAGCGCGGCUGGCCAGAUCGUAG